GGAGCGGAGUUCAGUUUUUCGCUAGAUUUCGCCAAAUGUAGGCCACAUCCGCUGUGUACUUAAACCACCUACUAUUACUACUACUACCACUAACGUAACCGUAGAAUCCAUCGUCCCCACCAAAAACCAAACCCCGACGUCUAGAAUCCGUAUCCUCCGGUAACCCAAACCACGAAUUCCGGGAGCCACUUCGGUCCUUCCUUUUCGGUGAGAACGAUUGGUAGUUUAUUCCGUUUUUUUUUUGGAAUUCAAUACGGUGCGGUACGCGUUUGAUGUGCUUCUUGGAGAAAAACGUCACGAGGUUGUCCUGAAAUCGUGAAUCGUGAACACGGGAAUUCGUGAUCAGCUGCUGUGUCCGCAGCGUCGCGUCAUUUGAAUCCCAGUUUUCCAGUGAUGUUUCCCUAAAGAGUGCACACAGCAAAAACCAGUGAUCAAAAACGGAUUGUCGGAAAAUCGAAGAGCCAUCGAAGCGAAUCCCGUUCGAAUGUUGCCUUGCUAAACGGUGUUUUCCCACUUACCUUUCACGUAAUCACCUUGCCCUGUUCUUCCCACCCCCACCCAGGGGAACCACCCAACCCAAGCAUACAACACACCCACUUUUGUGCUAUCGAGUGCGCGCCUGUUGUUGGCCGUUAUCGUGAAUUUGUGAGUUGCCGACGACGACGACGACGGAAAUAAGUGGAAAAUCGGCUCGAGUCAGCUGAUCUGUUCUUUGAGGCAGAGCGCAGAGGGAGUUCCACUUGCCCCACCACCCCACCAGCAACUGACAACUGGUUCGGUUUGUUCGAGAAGAAAAUUUUGUGUUUUGGCAUUUUCCUACUCGUGUCGACUUCCAACGCAGUCAGUGGCAGCUUGAAAAAGUGUGGAGUGAAAAACUAAGCGAUUUCUGCCUUCCUCUUCGUCACCUUUCCGGUGUGGUGUGGCUAUAUCGUUCUAUUGUGGGGUUCAGAAGAAAAUUGAUCACAACACGCUUCCAGUGAAUACGAACCACGCAUAAUUGUGAAGGAAAUAUAAAAUAAAUAAAUCAACAUAAGGUAUCGCUCUCGGAUACAGAAAUCGAACCCGAAUCAACACAACAGUAGAAGCAGAAAUGAGUCAGAAUUUCAUCAACUUCUCCGAGAUCAGAGAUCUGCGAACGGCGUUUGACCUGCUGGACAGGGAUCAGGAUGGCCACGUGACGCCCGAAGAGCUGCAGUUUAUGCUGCGGAAUCUGGGCAUCCACGUGCGUGACGAACUCAUUGACGACCUGUUGCGGGAAGCCAGCAGAACAGGCAGCGGACUGAUAGACGAAACCGAGUUCCUCCAGUGGGUGGCCCGCAUCCAAGCGCUCAAGGAAGAAAGCAAUACCAGCAGCAGUGGCAGCAGUAGUAGCAAUAGCACCACUCAGGCAGCCGACGAUGAUCUCACACAGGACCUGGUAGCGGCCUUCAGGGUAUUUGACCGCGACGGAAACGGAUACAUCACACGGGACGAGCUCAAAUCGGCGAUGGACAUGAUCGGCGAAAACGUCACCGAGUACCAGCUGAACGAGAUGCUGGAACUGGCGGACGCCGACAAGGACGGCCGGAUCAACUACGAAGACUUUCAGAAAUUUUUCCUCAACAAUCUCGACACGUUCGUGCAGCCAGCAACUUCCGGCCGGAAAUGAAGAUCGGAUCCCGACGAGCCGUCGCCUGCUGGCGGAAACUGGGGGAAAAGGCUCUGGGAAGCAGUAGUGUACCUCUCUCGUGAACCCGCUCGAGAGCCCCCGGAGGGCCCGAUUCGAGAGCAUUGAGAAGGCAACUUCCGAGAGUGCUGUGCGUUUCGUAUGAUAAUAUUGUAUAGUAGUAGCUAACCGAAAUAGAGAGCUGCGGCCGUUUGUAUGGCCGUCAUAUUAUCAUUAGGUAUUAGGAAAGGCAGAGAAUACCCGACCUUCUCAGAUGGAGGUGGAAUUGCUACUUGUGUAAAAGGAAACCGAAAUGAUUUUUAAGAUUUAAGGUUGAUUUAUUUCUUAGGCUUAGACGAUUGCAACUGAUACUACAAGAAAAGAAUGUGAUCCAGUGUUUAUAUAUCCGAAGUUAAGCAACGGUUAUGUUCAAAUUGAAAGCUGUGGAAUUAAACGAUAGAGUAACAGUAGGUGUACUGUAGAUGUAGGCACAGGUUCAAUUUUUGGAAAUGAAAUAAUUUAGGGUGUGUGCCUUAUAUGUAAAAUUAUCAAUCAGGAAGACGAUAUAUUUAAAUAAACCUUCGUUUCUGGACUACUAUGAACAAAUGUGCGUUCAGAUGUUA